AAUCGCCGACUCACUUUCUUGUCCCGAAGCUAAAGGAUCAACCUUUCACCGUCUCGCUCGCUCCCUCCGUGCUCUGUGAUUCCAUGGAGUCGUCACCUUCUUCUUCUUCUUCUUCGUCUUCUCGACAACGGGCUUUCAGUUCUUCUCGUCGCCGCCGCCGCCGCCGCCGCGAGAAAUCCCUCUCCGGCGCGAUCCUCCCUUCGAUCCGAGGCCAAUCCUGUCCGAUAUGCCUCGAGGACAUCGAGGCCAGGGGGCGCGGAGCUGCCGUCGUCGCCAACUGCCUGCACGCCUACUGCAUCGACUGCAUCCGCAGGUGGAGCGGGCUGAGGAGGAGGUGCCCUCUCUGCAACGCCGAGUUCGGCUCCUGGUUUCGCGAGACCGCCGGCCCCUGCCGUCGCGGGCGUUUUCUCGAGGAGCGGUUGCCUUCGGCCGACGAGGGCGGCGAGGCCGAUCGAGGAGCUGGUUCGGGCCCCGUCGUUCGUCGGGGAGCUAUCCGAAGAUCAAGAGAUGAGUUGAAUGGUUCCACCCGGCGAACCAGACCAGAUCCAUGGCGAAGAUCAUUUGGGAGGCCGGGCUCUGUUCCUCCUGAUGUUUUAGCCACAAGAAAACUCCAAUGGCGUGCCAGCAUAUACAACCGACACUUGCAGGCUGUUCCUUCUUCCAGGAACUCUCAGGGCUUGCCAAGAGAUAGUGGUUGGAAGGAAAGGAUUCGACAGAGAAUAGAAUCAUGGAUUCGGAGGGAGUUAGAGGCCAUCCUUGGGGACCCAGAUCCUUCUGUUAUAGUUCAUGUAGUGACCUCAGUGUUUAUUUCGACCUUUGAGAAGAAACAAAAUGUCCCACAUGGACAGCUGGGUGAAGAUGUGGUUGCUUCUCUACGGCCUUUUCUACAUGAACAGACCAAUAUGUUCUGGCAUGAAUUAAGGUUUGUGAAUUACAUCCGAAGUUUCAUGGAAGCUGCUUCCAUCUGUGAUUUGGAGUCUUAUGCUGUUUGCAAAAAGAUGUUUUGCUGAGAGUUCGCUCUCUAUGGAAACAUAUGAUGCAGUCGUCGAGUACAGGAAGUUGCAAUAGCUGUCAAAGGUGGAUUUUGUUUCUGUCCAGGAUGAGGAGGAUAUCAUGUAGGAGGUGCAUAUAUAAGCAUUAACAGGAUGCUGAUUAGAGGAAAUCUGCAGAUCUAAAACUGCUUCAAAUGCGAGUCUGCUUAAUAUACAUGAACGGUGAUGUGGCCUGAAUCUCAAAAUGGUGAAAUGGAUGAUUGAGAUGAAUUGGUAAUCACUGACAGCAGAUUUUCUCCGGUCUAAGAUGGUGGUUUGCAGUAUCGUCUGCAAAUUGACUCUGAGGAAUAUUGACCAAUCCCAAUCUGGCAAAGAUAUCCAUACUGAAGCUCCAAAUCUUCUCGUUGGAACAAUUGGCAUUGCCGUUCAGAUUGGUCUUCAUGCAGGAGCUGCAGUUCUGCUGCAGGUUUCUAAGUCAUGUCGUGUACUUAGUUCCCGGCAUACCAUCUCAUGUAUAUGCAUCCUCAACAAUAUUUGUACUCUUGUCCACAAUGCACAUGAGGAAGAGAAAGGAGGGUCUGCUUAUGUCAGUACAUUUGGUUGACUCUCUUCCUCUACUGCAAAGUUGGUCUGUCCGUGCAAAUUGAAUGAUGGGGAACUCUAGUCACAGCAUGCCCCCAUCUUGAUCACUUGAUUUCGCUACAUAAUCUUUUAGUCUGUUAUCCAAAUGAAUCCAUUCCUUAA